GAGCAGCGGCAUGCGCACGGCCCGCGCGCCCCAGGACUCUACGGCCAGCCUCCCUUCUCCCCCCGACGCGAGCGCAGGAACCGGCGCGUAAAGGCGCGCGGAGGAGCCGCGGAGCCCCGAUGACCUGCGGCCUGCAGCCGAGCCGCGGAGCCGCGCAGCGGGCAUGAGCCCGGCCUGAAGGAGCCCCCCCGCCCCCCCACCCCGUCGGCGUACGUUGAGGUGACCGCUCGGCCCAGAUGAUGCAGCAUCCCCUGGACAUGGGGGCGCAUUUCUACCCCCCGGAGGCCCACCCGGACCACCGGACCCACCGCUACCGGAGCUUCAUGAUCGAGGAGAUCCUGACGGAGCACCCGGAGCACAAGGCGGCCGCUCCGGCCGGGGAGCUGCUCAAGUUCGGGGUGCAGGCGCUGCUGUCCGGGCGGCCCUUCCACAACCAGCUGGUGCUGAAAGCGGAGCAGAGCGGCCUCCUGAAGUUCCCGCUGUCCCCGCUCGGCUCCCCGCUGUCCUGCUCGCUGGGCUCCCCGCUCGGCGCGCCCCUCCUGGCGGCCGCCCCGGGCCUGCAGGUCGGCGCCGCGGCGCACCACCUGCCGCUGGACCUGCACCUCCGCGGGAAGCUGGAGCCCGGAGCGGCCGACGGAGGCUGCGGGAAGGCCAAGAAGGGCCGGCGGAGCCGCACCGUGUUCACCGAGCUGCAGCUCAUGGGCCUGGAGAAGCGCUUCGAGAAGCAGAAGUACCUGUCCACGCCGGACAGAAUCGACCUGGCUGAGUCUCUGGGUCUCAGUCAGUUGCAGGUGAAGACCUGGUACCAGAACCGGAGGAUGAAGUGGAAGAAAAUAGUGCUGCAGGGUGGAGGUCUGGAGUCGCCCACUAAGCCCAAAGGCCGACCCAAGAAGAACUCCAUCCCCAGCAGUGAGCAGCUGUCGGAGCAGGAGCGGGACGCCGCCGCCGACCCAGGGUCGGAACCCCGGUCUGACCCCCGCUCGGAACCCCGGUUGGACCCCCGCUCGGACCCCGGGUUGGACUCCCAUUCGGAGGGCCCGAGCUCCCACCCAGGGAGCACCCAGGAGGAGUGAGGAGGCUCCGCCUCCGCCUGCACCUGCUCUGGCUGGACGCUAAUGGACAAUCAGUGGACAGAGGAGACAGACGGAGACAGCAGGAGACGAGCAGCACCUCCUCCAAAGACUCCUGGACAGGACUCCACUUGGACAAACCCAUCCUGUGGCCUCCUCCUGGCCUCCCCCUGGCCCCCUCCUGGCCUCCUCCUGCCCCCACCCCCCCUGGUCUCCUGGUCUCCUCCUGGUCUCCUCCUGGUCUCCUCCGGGCCUCUGACCCCCCCGGCCUCCUCCUGGUGGAGGAGCUGGACUGGAACGGCUGCAGUAGGUGGAACUCUCUGUAGCCUCACAGCAUCGACUCUCACUUGUCUGUUUUACAUUCCUGUUUUUGUAACUU